UGCACAGAGGAGUAUGAGAUGAAGACCAUGGAGCAGAAGUCAGAACCUGAGCCUCUGGCAGCAGGCUACCGACCCUCCCCUCGCCCGACGUGGCGAUGGGACAGCCCACCCAUUCCUCCAGGGCUCCACAGUGCCCCCAACCCGCAGCGCUGGGCUCCCAUGGGUCCCCCACCUCCUCCCCUUCCCCGCUCACACAAGGCCAUGAUGCCUGUUCCUUACAGGGAGCCACAGCACCUCAACUCUAAGAGGCCAGUGAGCUACCCAGAGAACCACUACAGUCUGUCUCCUGCAGGAGGUGACAGGGUGCUGCCCUACAGAAACCCCUCAGCCAGCUUCUCCUCCCCCUCUUCAGGCCUGGUCGCCCUCUCUGCAAUGGGGCCACCUGGUAUCACACCAGGCCCCUUCGUACGCUACAAACCCUCACCUGACAGAUAUGGAACAGGACAGCGCCCCCUGCUGCCCUAUGAGCCCCACCUCAGUGUGGACAUCACCUCCAGCGGAGAGUCUUCCUCAGGCUUCACUAGUCAGGAGAGCACCAUGGAGCGCUGCAAAACAGAACCCCUCUGGCAUGUCCCAGCGUCGUCGUCUCGGGGACCAGGUGGUGGAGGGGGACAGAGAAGACUGCACAAACAGGAUAUCCCUGGGAAAGACUCUCCAAACAGACACUCAAAGGGCGAGGCUCAGUACUCCAGCCACUCCAGCAGUAACACUCUGUCCAGCAACGCCUCCAGCAGCCACAGCGACGAGCGCUGGUUCGACGGAGGAGCCGGAGGAGAGCGAGGAGGCGGGGGUUGCCUCAGCGAUGCAGCUGACCCCGACCCUGAACAUAUCAACAAGGGGGGGUCUAACGACAGUGGCAUUGACGCCUCGACCCACUACAACAACACGCGCCACGGAAACAUGUCCAACAGCCAGUCUCAUAAGCCCGUGCACUGCUUCGCGACCUACAGCGGUAUCCCGGAACUGUCCGUGGGAAGGAGCGGUGGCGGGGGAGAAGUUAGGAGACGAGAGUCUUCGCCCAUCAUACCAGGCAAUCAGAACAAAGGGUACCGAACAAGGACGUUCCCGCCUCCUGGCUCCAGUGCUGAGAAAAUGGAUAGUUUCAAACCCAGGGCCUACACACCUCAGGGUUACAAGACUCCGACAGCUGAGAAAGCCCGGCCAGUCCGAGCCGCUACGACAACACCCACUUCAGCCCAGUUAAGCUCCACACCGCUGUCCAGCUCUGCCCCCAAGGCCUUCUAUGGGAAGAGCAGACAAACCGCCUGGCAGACUGAAGAUACCAGCCCGUCACCUUCAAAUGCAACCACAACGUGCAGCUCUGGCAGCAGCAACGGCAGCAGCAAGAAGCAGGUGGAUACGAACUCAAAGAACGUGUUUGGUCAGCCUCGGCUCCGAGCAUCACUGAGGGACCUGCGUUCUCCACGACGGACAUACAAAAGCACCAUCGAAGACGACCUGAAGAAACUGAUAAUCAUGGACAACCCGGGAGAGGCGCCACAAAGAGAUCCCUCUCCCAGACGAACCUUGCAGCGCACCUUUUCAGAUGAGUCACUUUGCAGCGGGCGCAGGGAGGCCAGCUUCGCCAACUCUGAGAGCCAGUCGACCCCCACUGACGUGCUGUUCACCUGCACGCUGCCCACACGCAGACACGCCGUCUCCUCCAACCACAUACAGAGCAAGAAGGUGCCUCUGUCUGCCUCGGAGCUGUCUCUCUCAGAAGUUAGAGACAGAGUUCCCCCACUGAGGAGGCUCGAUCCCGGGCUGAUGCCUCUCCCUGACACAGCCUGUGGAUUGGAGUGGUCCAGCCUGGUCAAUGCUGCUAAAGCCUACGAAGGUGAGGACGCAGACACUUCAACAUUAGCACAAAGAGCAGUUUCCCUCUUCUCGCUGACUGAGCCGCAGGUUGGAGGUCCAGACAUGAGACCAGUCAUCAGUCCGGUCCAGUUCCACACUCCUCAGACACCUCGAACCACGCCAACCUUCAGCGGCGACGAGGUGCCCAACGAUUUGUCUGGUCGGCUCUACCACCUGGAAGUGAUGUUAAAACAGCUGAACACUGAUCUGGAGAGAGAGAAGCAGGAUAAAGUCGUUCUGCUUGCAGAGAUGGCCAACCUGAGAGAGAACAACCAGCGCCUGCAGGAGGAGAGCCUAACAGCCAGUGAGCAGCUGCGCAAGUUCAGCAGGAUUUUUACUAACCUGGACAAGACAGAGAGCGACCACGAGGCUCACUCCUUAACACACGAAGCUGACUCAAAGAGGGAGUGAUAUCGGCACCUGCAGAAGAAGAAGAAGAAGAAGAGUGUGAGACACUGAGUAUGGGCGUCUGUGAGAGAAAUACUCUCAUUGCUCCUGAUUUCUUGCACACACAGGGGCGGCGGGGGUCACAAAGAUGUCACCUCACUCAGCUCCAACUGGACUGCCUUAAACCAUAGAGAUAGCCAGGAAAAAAAAAGACAAUUGUGAUUUUUAACACUCCCAGAAAAUCUCACUAAGCCUGUGCACAGAGCAGAGACCCUCCCUCUCUAGUCACUGAGCCUGUUUAUUUUUAUAAACUGAAGUCUUAUACACAUGUCAUAUAUGUAAAUACAUAUGCUACUAUGCCAGAGGAGCGAGUAGGAGAGGAGAACCUGACUGUGUUAGAGAACACUACAUCACCUGGAGAGGCCUAAUACUGUUCCUGCAGCGAAUCAGCCAAAAAAGAAAAAAGACUCACUACAGACUGCAUCUCCCAGAAUGCACUAGAAUUAAUGGAGGCUCUACAGACAUGGUACUGCAGAUAGAUGCCUGUGUGGUACAAUUCUCAUGUAUCAUUGUUAUCUAUAUUGUACUGAUAUUGUAAAACGGUCGUACUAAAGAGGUGUGUGUGUGUGUGUGUGUGUGUGUGUGUGAUGGUACAGCGAAUACUCAGAAGCAUUAUGGCACAACAGUGUUUGUGCUCAAGGCAAGAUGCAUUUUAUUACCCUUUGGUGUGAGUGUGUGAGAAAGCGGUUGAAUGUUGCUGGUCUGUUAAAGGACGUUUGAGUGAUGAACAAACUAGUUUACUGUAAUAUGAAACUUGCCGGCCACAAUAUUUUUCUUUCCUCCGUUUACAUGGAUGAACCGUGGCCCUUUUUAGAUGUGAAAUAAGCCAUCAGUGAGUGUUGAGCGAGUGUAAAUGGACGAUGUCAUGAAGCUCAGUGACAUAAUGGUAUCAUAUCUCUAAUGUAGUGCAUUGUUUUGAAUUUUUAUGCAGUGCCCUGUCAUCUCAGAUCUAAAUGUAACGUUACUGGAUAAUUAUUUUAACCUUCAGUCAUUAUAGCACAGUAUCUGCUUUGAAAUAGUCUUUUUUUGUAAUAUUUAAAACAAUAUUUUGGGGAAAUACGCUUUAUGGCGGAGAGAUUUGAUACCGUCAGUAUCUGGAAGACUGGAAAUGGGAAAAGAUGGCUAGCCUAACUCUGCCCAAACGUCAUAAAGUCCGCCUACCAGCACCUUUAAAGCUCACUAAUUAACACAUGUCGUUUGUUUAAUCCCAAAACAAAAAAUAUUUUUUAGUGCAAGGAACCUAUUUUUCUGUGUUUUUGAGGGGUUUAGGAUGUCAGAAAACAUGAACACUUGCCUCAACCUAAACCAGAGGUUUUCAAAGUGGAAGGCGGGCACUAACUUUGGAUUUUACAUCAGUUAUCAAAAGGAGAUAUAUUAAAUAGCCUCAAUGUGUGUGAUUUGGUUAAAGAGAGAGUUCAGAGAUAAAGUGUUUUGGGGGAAUUUUAUUAUUUUUAAUAAGCAAACGGCAACACUAAGCUGUCUUGGCUUAAUUCUGUCUGUCUAUGUGAUUAUAUAAUAUAAUUAUGAUCCCUUGGGCAUCCAGGACUUGAGCAAAACUAACCAAGUAAAGUAAGGGAGGGGCACCUUUUUCCAAGUUUUGUCUGAGGGGAGGCCCACAGUCUCAGACUCUGAAAACCCCUGCACUAAACCCAACAGGAAGUCAGCCAGUUUGAAUUUAAUGACAUUUUUCGCCAUACUCAAGCUCCGUACUUUAACGAACUCCUCCUACAGAAUGAAUAUGAUUGACUACAAAUUUGUGCAUUCCCUUCUUUGUAAUUUCUAAAUUGCGAAGUAUUUUAGGAUUCAUCAAACAGCAUUGUUAUGGCAAUGCAGCGAAUUUUGAUGUUCUAAAAUAAAUAAGCGUAUUCAUAGAUUGAGUGUUUCAACUUAAGAAACAGUGGCACAUCAACACACAAUGUCAGAUCAUUUCCACAUUUUACAUGUUUGAGAACUGCAGUGUCCAAUAUUCAGUGACUAAAUCAUAGUUGUCGCUCUUGCGUUUGGGUGCAAGGACCUGUUCAACACUGAUUUUAAUUUUAUUUGUUUUGAAUCACACACUUGAUUUUGAUAGCUGUGCCCUCAUAGUAUUUAGAUAUAAAAACAAACCAUAUAUAACUUGUCACUUAGUGAGCUUGCUGGAUUUUGCUACCAUUGGAUAGAGCCAGGACAGUCUUUAUGCUAAGCUAACGGACAGUUGGCUGUAGCUUUAUUGUUAACGGCUAAACACGAGAGUGACGUCAGUCUUCUCACCUGUGCUAAAAAGUGAAUAAUGGUAUUUCCCAAAAAUAUUAAGCUAUUUUAAUAAUCGCGUCUUCUUUGCGUACUAAUGAAAAUUAAGCUGUCGCCAUUAACGUGAGCUUGUAGAAGAAAACAUUUACUGUAGAUGAAAGACGACACUGAAACUCCUUUAUAUCAGAACCAGUCUGUCUGUGUGUAUGAGAGGAUUUGUCCCUGUGUUCUGUGAUAACCCAAAUGAACACUAAAUAUGCUAUUUAUACAGCUAGCUUGCUUAAUGAUAUUGUCUACUAUAUCUAUUUUUCAUACAGAAAUAAUGUGUGUGUGUGUGUGUGUGUUUCGGAUGCUGGUACUGAAUGGACAAUUCAUCCCUGCAGAGGAUGGAUCUUAUCUUCCUGUGUCAGUUUAGCUAUUGCUGAUAUAUAUUUAAAAAAAAAACAGUUUAAAAAGUAAAUGAUCAUGUCCUGCUCUGCCCUGUAGAACAAAUACAAAUACUCCCUGGUCUGACUGGAACUGUUGAAUUUUCAAUCCCAACUCACUCAGGUUCCUCGAGAUGCUGUUAAUGACACCGUGGGCGAUGUGAGGCAUUGUAGCCUGAGACGGUUUUGCCAUACUGUUUAUAUCAUUAUAGUGAUCCCUUUAAUAUUUCUGGGUGUAUCAAGUCAUUGUAUGCACAUUAGCAGGACUGUUUUUUUUUUAUGGCAAUAUUUGGUUUUUAUUGUUUAAUACUUUGCUUUUUAAGUAUUUAAUUAGCCUCAAACAGACAAACAGUUUCUUUAAUUAUCAAUAAAGUUGACUGUAUCGAUAUCUUGAUAUAAAUUUACACGUAACACAUCUGUAUCGCCCACUCCUGCUACUAAAAAAAAAAUUUGUUUCUUUCACCGACUCAAGAGGGAUAACAAGUGUUAGUAGUAGUCAAGAAAACUGCCAUUUCUUCCUCAGCCCAUAAUUAAACUCUGGAUUUCAUGUUCUUCUUCACUUCUCCCUUUAUUCCUUUGCAGCCAGUUUCACUCAACUUUAACUUUGAUACCAGUAACGUUUAUACCUGAGCCUAUUUGGACCUUUCUGUUUGGGUUCAGGAAUACUACUUUUACCUGACAAAUUCAGGCUAUAAUGUGGUUCAGAAAAGAGAAGCUCCUUUCUAUAUUCUGCUUUCGUGUUUGGACGUUUUUAGUUCAGUGACACACUCCUGUUGUUCCCCCUUUAGCAAAUCCUUCAGUCAUGCAGCUUCGCAGGUGUAGCUGUGGUUUUAGUAUCUGCAGGUCUGUUUGCUUUUGUAAAAGGGGCUUGGUUUCUUUAUUUUAAUACAUUUUGUUCAUGUUAUGUAUAAUUGUAAGCUAUUUAUAGCAAACACAUCCCUGUUGAACAAAUCAAUAAUGCAUUAUGGUUAAUGGUAAUAUUGUAUAACUAGAUUUGUUUUUUAGAUGUUAAAUAUUUUGAUAAUUUAUUUUUUAACAUUCCCACUGUUGCCGACAAUAGUGAAGAUGAGGGUACUGUGUUUUUAUUUGUGUAUGCGGUUUUACGUCUGAUCUCUGUACAAAACUGAUUUGUAUGAUUCCUCAUUAUUUUCCUGCGUCUUUCCUUUGUGCAUCGGUGCUUUCUGCUUUGUGGCGGGGGUACGUGGUGCAUAGAGAAAAGGGUUUGGUUUCUUUGGGUUAUAAUAAUAACUUGUACAUUUAAAAGUGUAAAUUAUGUUUUCAUUUUAUAAAAAAUUAUAUUAAACUACUAUCAGAACAUG